AUGACCCUCUGGCACCAACAUGGCCUCAGGUGUCAGCCCAGACCCCACGCAUCUGGACUGCCUUUGGUGGUGAAUGGAGCCACGGACAUUGACAUAGAUCCUGGCUGCAGCAGGGCCACAGACCCAGACAUGGCUCCCGGCAGUCGCUUGGGUACAGAUGACACCAUGGCCACAGGUGAGAGCACAGUUACUCAGUGGCAUGGUCCCUCGGACCCCAACGUGGCCACAGUGCUGUGCCUGGGGCAGACAAGCAACACUCAGGAAGGAUCUCUGUCAAAGCCUUCCAUCACAGCUGAACCAGGCCUUCUGAUCCCCCAAGGGGGUUUUGUAACCUUUGUGUGCUCAAACUCUAGUGGGUAUGAUACAUUCCGCCUGGAGAAGGGAAGCCACGGAAUCAUGGAGAAGAAGAACACACAGCCUCUAAUGACAGAGGCUAGAUUCCUCCUUAGCCCAGUGAAUGAAAGCACUGCGGGACGCUAUUCCUGUAUCUAUGUAAAAAGGUCCAGAUGGUCUCCACGCAGUGAGAUCCUGGAGCUGAAGGUAACCAGAGGAGAUGUCACCCAGGCUCCUGACCCAGGUCCAACAGUGACUUCAGGCAAAUCCUGGCUGAAGACAAAUGGCAUUUAUAUUCUCAUUGGGGUCUCUGUGGUCUUCCUCCUUUGUCUUCUCCUCCUCCUUUUCUUCUGCCUCCACAGCCACCGUCAGAAAAAGCAGGGGCUCCCCAGCAGCAAGAGCCAGCAGCAGAAGCCACAAGAGCGGCUCAGCCUUGCUACUAAUGGCCUGGAGAGAACACCAGACAUAGUCACAGAUGACAGGCUUCCAGAGGACAGAAGGACAGAAACCUGGACCCCUGCUGCAGGAGGCCUUCAGGAGGUGACAUAUGCCCAGCUGGACCAUCACGCCCUCACACAGAGGACAGUUGGAGCUGUGACCCCACAGAGCACAGACACCGUGACUGAGUCCAGCACCUAUGCAGCCAUCAUCAGACGCUGAGCCCGGGCACACCUGGAGACAUGCACAGUCACUGUUGGAAAAGCCCAAAGCAGUCAUUCAAGGGCUCCCAUUGGGAUCACCUAGGUGUGGGAAGCUAACCAGCCAGUUCUGCUCAAGGCAGAAACUGGACCCUGGAGGCCCCUGCUCCCCAUCUAGGAGUUGCAUUGUGAAGGUGAUAGUAUCAGUCCUUGGAAAGACCAUGUUGCAGUAAGCUUUAGAGCCCAAGUUACAAUCACCUAGUUGUUUCCAGAGACACAGUUAGAGCCCCUUAGCUGUUUCUACAGACCCUUCCACAGCCCAGAAUAUUUAAUGAACAGCUCUGUAGUUGUCCAGUGGCCUCUACUCACUUGUGUAAGGAGCCCAGUGAAACCCUAAAGGCUUCUUUGGACCCCCCUGCUGACUCUGACUGGGUUGUACUCAUGCAGCUGAAAGCUAAGCCACUUCUCUGCAUCAGGCCUCAUGGGGUGCAUCAUGGGUGUUUUUGAAGAUGGAGCAUCUACUACCUGUGUGGAUCUUGAACACACAGCCUGUAAGGACCCUAAUUCCGUCUUUAUUGCUGUUCAGAGAUGAGUAGAGAAAUGAAGGCUACAGAAGAUGCUUAUGAUUCCCUUUUCUUUAAAUAUAUGUGUAGUUG